AUGAAACUUCUUGACCCACUAUAGUCAUACAAAAUUGCUUCUCAAAUAACUUUUGUCCAGCUAGGAUUUAUCUUAGCUAUUAGUGAACAUCUUAUAAGAGAUGAAUUCUAAUUAGAAAAUAGAGAUUCAGCUAUUUUAUAUAUGUUCCUUGCCCACAUUUUCUCCUUUACUAUGGAAUUUAUUAGAGUGAUGGCUUCAAAAUUUGACAUUAACAAUCGAAUUAUUUUUUUCACUUCUAACUUUCUAAGUGCAGCUACUUACUAAAGCGCAAUAUUCUAUGCUUAACUUAAAAUUGUUGAUACGAAUGAUGAUUCUAGUUUGAGCUCAGAUGCUAGAAGUAAGGAUGAAAAGGCCUUAUUAUGGUUACAGAUGGAGAUCACUUACUAUUACCUACAUACUGCCCUUGUCAUAGUUUUCCUUUUCUAUCAGUCUGUUUUUAACUUGAAACUCCGUGAAAUGACUUUAAAUUAUGUAAGAAAAACUGAAGAUGAAUUAUAAAAAGAGAGAGAAGAGAGGGCUAAAAACGCCUAACCACUGCUGGAAUAAAUCUAAGAUGAAAUGAAUCUUGGAGCAGUUUCAGAGAUUCAAAUAUAAAGAAGAAUUAGGAAACUAAAUAGAAAUUUCAAGAAAUAAUGGAAUGAAAACUACAAAAAUAUAUGGUCUCCUGUUUAGUAAAACUAAGACUUCUUAAUUUUGGCAGGAUCUAAAAUACAAGUAUUUAUAAUUCACGGAAUUAACCUGUACUUCACGAUCAUCUUUUUAUCUCAGCAUGAUGAAAACAGACGAGAGGAUUACAAGUCAUAUUAGACUACUUGCAUAAGUAUCAUUACGUUCUCUUUCUUGAUUCACAUUUAUACUAUCAUUGAUGAAUUCAGUUUAUUAGAUUUCUAGAAAAUCAAACUAUUUGGAUGGACUAUUGAAGAUAUAGUUGAAAAAUUUGAAGUUUUUACGCCCUAUCUUAUCUGUAUAGUUAUAAUACUCUAAAUGAUAUUCGUAGAAACACCAGAGAUAAUAGCCAAAUAUUGUGCUGGAAACUUCAUUGCUAUUUUUAUUGGAUAAAAAUUAGUGGAAUUAUUUGAAAACAUAGCAGAGGCAUUAGCAUCAUGUCUAAAUAAGCAAGAAUAAGUAAGGAUGAAAAGAGAUCCAGCAGAUAAAUUUAUCAAAUCAGAGAAAACUACUAUUAAGCAAAGACUUAUACAUCCUUAUAUGAGCACAGUUAGCUUAGAGAUUGAUAUUUAUGCUAUAACCUUCAUCAGCCUCUAUGAUGUCCAGCUUUAAGAUUAAAAAUAGCUUGAGGAAGCAUUGCUUCCUAGGUCAGAUUCUUAAUAAUAAUUAGAUAACCAGUAGAAAACUUCAAUUAAUGACCAAGAAAAAUUAGAAGAUAAAACAGAAAAAUAGGAAGGUGAAGAUAGCUCAGCUGAUGAGGAUGAUGACUCAGAAUAAAACCAGGAUCAGGAUUAGGAAUAGGAAGAUGUUGAUUUUUUACCUAACAAUAAGGUAGAGGCAGCAAAGAACUUUGCCAGUUGUGCUUUCAUAUUCUUGAUUCAGUUCUUGCUAGUAGCUUUAGUGUCCUUUGAAUUUAGCAUUACUAACUAAGAGGAGUCACUAACUUAUGAGGUGCUUUUGACAAGACUUCUUUGUGCAAUUUUGUUGCAUAUGCAGCUUGAAAGAGAAUUAAGAUAAUCAUUGACAAUGUUAAACUUUGCUAGAUCAAUGGUCAAGCCAGGAUAAAACAGAAACGCAAUGAUUGUUGUAAGUUUUAUGCAAUUUACAAGUGCUUUCGGAACUGAACUCAUCAACAUCUUGCUUAUCUGUACUUAGAAUUCAGUUAAAGAUGUCAUUAUGAACUUCAUUGCUCUUGGUGUCAUUGCUGAAAUAGAUGAUAUCUAUGCCAGAACCCUUUACAACAACCCUAUUAAGUAAAAGCUUGAAGAUCCCGACUAUAAGCCUUUGAAAAUAACUGCUAGUGCUGCUGUGGCAGGUACUCAUGAGUGGUAUAUGCCCGCUACUGUAUUUCAUUGGAUUAUGAUGACGUUCUAUCAGUGCUAUUAUUACUAUUUCAUGCCUUUUACAGCUCUGUUACUGAGCUAUAUUCAAAGCAAAUAUCAAGGACUCUGA